UAGAUCGUAUGUUUAAACGCAUCGAACUGUAGCAAUAACUUUGAUACAAUUUUAAUUCAACAGUGAAUAAGUAACGUUGCUGUGUACUAAUAGCCAAAUAUUCAUGUGUUAGGCAUAUAUUUCAAUAAGUUGUUAAUUUAACAGUACAGUGUUCAGAGAUACUCAAAUUUUUGUGUUACCGACAUGUUAACUGUUACGUGUAACGACUGCAUAGUGUUGAUUGAGUUUUUAAUUAGUAUUAUCGUAAAAAAUUGAAUUAGUGAGGUGUUUUUACUCAUCAAAAUUGAUGAUUUGUAAAUCAAUAAUGGCGGAUCGAGAACGUCCUGCUAAAACCCCCAUAAGGGUGGGUUUUUAUGACAUAGAAAGAACCAUAGGGAAAGGGAAUUUUGCCGUCGUUAAGUUAGCACGACAUCGAAUAACGAAGACUGAGGUAGCAAUUAAGAUAAUAGAUAAAUCACAAUUAGACGCCAGUAAUCUUCAAAAAGUCUACCGGGAAGUGGAUAUCAUGAAGAGGCUGGACCACCCUCAUAUUAUUAAGCUUUAUCAAGUUAUGGAAACAAAAAAUAUGAUCUACAUUGUGUCAGAAUAUGCGAGUAAAGGAGAAAUUUUUGAUUACAUAGCGAGGUACGGCCGGAUGGCAGAACAAGCAGCAAGGCGAAAGUUCUGGCAAAUCUUAUCCGCUGUGGAAUAUUGCCACGAAAGGCGAAUUGUACAUAGAGAUCUCAAGGCGGAGAACUUGUUACUGGACGCGAAUAUGAAUAUCAAAAUCGCAGACUUCGGGUUCAGCAACUAUUAUGCGACGGGAGAGCUCCUAGCAACGUGGUGUGGGUCGCCACCUUACGCUGCGCCUGAAGUCUUUGAGGGAAAACGUUACACCGGCCCUGAAAUUGACAUAUGGAGCCUUGGGGUGGUGCUGUAUGUAUUGGUUUGCGGCGCGCUACCUUUCGACGGUUCAACCCUUCAAUCGCUCAGGGACAGAGUGCUUUCUGGAAGAUUUAGGAUACCUUACUUUAUGAGUGAAGACUGCGAGUCUUUAAUACGCAAGAUGCUAGUCCUUGAACCAAUGAAGCGGUAUACGAUAGAUCAGAUCAAGAAGCACCGUUGGAUGGCAGCGGAACCCUAUACGGUUCCCGCUGUGACCGACCCGAUGAGAAGCCCUGCACAUGUGUCGCAUCAUACUCAGGAGCCCAAUGAACAAGUGCUUCGACUAAUGCAGAGUUUGGGAAUCGACCCAGUUAAAACCAAAGAGAGUCUUCGCUCGAACAGUUACGAUCACCACGCGGCGAUCUACCUGCUGCUGCUGGAGCGGCUGCGCGCGCGCGCCUGCGACCGCCGGCCCGCGCGCCGCCCGCCCGACCAGCGGGACGACGCGAGGCGGGACCACCAUAAUAGGUUGCUUCUCGCAGGCGAACAGUCGAGAGAGUACAACAGAGUGACAGCGACGCCCGCUGCACCAGCCGAUGCUUCAUCGGCGGAAACGCAGCGACUGCUGUCCCUUGCGGGUGUAAACAUGACCGAGCAGAGACUUCUCCAGCGAAGUUCUGACCCUUCGGACACACACCGAAGUUUUCUAGUCGCAAACCUCGAAGCAAGAAAUCACGAAACAGACUCCACUAGGCUUUUAUCCUUGAGGAACGUCGACGUCUCUCAAUCGAAUCAAAGGAUCGGUGCCAAGUUGGGCGAUACGACCGUGCCGGCACACAGGCUCCUCACGUCUACGUACGAGCAACAACAGAACAUAUUGAAACAGUCCAGCGAAGAUUGUAGACGGUUGUUACAGCAGUCGACCACGGUAGGACCGGAUACGCUUAAAGCUAACGACGGCACUAGACUUUUAACGUCGUCGAGUUUUGAUUCAAAAUGUGCUAUUGAUGGUGGUAGAGGCUCUUCGUCGACGGAUCACAGCGCCAUAGCAAAUUUUCUACAAAAUUCUGCUUCUGCUACUAAUUUUAAUGUAGAGACUGUGAAGUUACCGAGUUCCACUACAUUUACAAUGUGUUCUGAAGCCGCGAAACUUAUGAACACGCUUCAACAAUCACCGCUACCUUUAAAGGGUACCGUCACGCUAAGCACUAGUCCUAUACCGUCUCAGUUUACAGACACAAAACUGAGUAGUGUAUUAGAACAACCAAAACCAUUGGAAUCUAGUAGAUUAGUUUCUCAAGCGCAACAGCAAGAACUUAAUCGACUGCAGACAUGUACACCUCCAUUCAAGGAGUACAUGAACCCACAUCUUUCAAGUUACUCCUAUUUCCAAAAUACGGUUGUUCCACCUUCGACAUCAGAAGCAAAUUAUUCUGCUACGCUGACCUCUAACGAUUUGGUACCAACUACACUGUACAGACCAGAUAGUAAGUUUUCUCUGAACAGAUAUACUACGGGCCAAACGUAUAACCAAGUCCUUUCUAGUGGUUCAACUGAAACGACAAAAUUUCAACAACAAUAUUCGUCGUCGACUGACGAGGGUUGCGAAACAGAUAUGGAAGAUGUCCCAAACGUCCAAAGCGGGGUACCAAACAGAUUAAGUUCUUACGCCAGCUCAAGCUCAAGCAGUGGUGUGGUGACUUUUUUUAAUAACAAAAGCCUCAGUCAGAACCUUAGUUGUGAUUCAUCGCAGAGUAAUUUUUCAACAUUCGAGAGUAUCGAUUAUCAAUUGUCCGAUGGCUCAAAUGAGUUAACAAGCAGUUUACCCAGUUGCACAUCCAAUGAUGAUAAGUUAGCUUACGAAAAUAGUUCUCUAGUUAAUACUAGUCCAAUGCAUCCAUGUGUUUAUAUAUCGUCGUACAAUAAUAAAACUACUGGCACGGGAUUUAUUGCGCGACACAAUCCUAUAAACUAUCAGUCCGCAAACAAGAAUUGUUCUCGGGCGAUAACACGAAGUCCUGUGGAUUUUAGAGAAGGGAGGCGCGCUAGUGACGGUCUCGUUGCACAACAAGCAGCUCAAUCCAACGAUACGCAGAAGAAUACCCUAGCAUUUAAUAGUCAAAGGUUAAACGAAAACUGUAAAGCGAAAGGUGUACUCGAGCUUCAUCUGGUUCAAAAAGAAGCCCAAAAACUAAAAACGCAAUAUCAGUCCUCGCUCCCUGCCGAAGAGAUGACCCAGAGACAGAUACAGCACAAUCAGUUUGCAGCUAGCUUUACACCGCACUAUUUAGAUACUAAAAAUCCUGCUAAGCGUAUAAGCCUCCCCGAAACGUUCAAUUAUUCAAGUACCUCGCCACCGAUGCCAGCUAGUCCGAAAAUGGUCGCCGCCCUCCAGGAUAGUUCAGAUUUGACACACGCGUCCCUAUCUCAGGUCAGCAAACCUCCACUCCAGCAACAAUUAAUGCAGCACAGGCUAUUUCAACAGAAACGACAACUCCUUCAAAAGCAAAUGACUCCGCCCAACCUCCCGGUUCACGAAAUGAACCUUCACAGUUUACAAGUGGGUCUCAGUCGGAGGCAGAUGCUGAGGCAACAGAGUUAUAAAAUCGCCCAGCAACAGCAAAUCCUACCGCCGCUACCUCUCACGGAAACUGAGAACCGGGACCUCCUGGCGUUCCAGGCGCUGGUUGAGGACCCGAAUAAUAUAAAGGGCAAGGAGGAAUGUCAAGAGGCUAAGUUUUCGUACCAGGGGUCGAUGGAAAUGAGCCAUAAGGAACGAUUAGGCAACGAGAACUGGUCCACACUGCCAUCGAGCCUACAAAGCGCAUGUCAAAUCUCGGAGCUGGGCCCGCAGUGGAACUCCGCGCUGUUCCCACCUCAGCCCUGCUUCCAGGUAUUCCAACAGAUCAAUUAGGCGUCGUCCAUUAAUCAUGUGAGGUUUUUUAACAAAGCUUUAACCACUUAACCCCCACCCCCAUGCCUCCUUAUAUGGUGAUAUAUAAAAAUGUUUCAGAAUACACCCUUCCCCA